AUGCAGUUUUGUAAGCACAUUUAUCUGUUUGAUACUAAAAAAAGUGAAUUAGCGAAAGAAGAUCCGUGGGAAUUGGACGAAUACGAACGUCGGAGGCAAGAGCAAUACAAGCAGCUCGUUGCACGAUACAAUCGCAAUAUUUUCAACAAAAGUGAUGGAAUAUUUUCGCGUAAGGAUGGUUUGAUUACUUUAGUUCUUGAGACGUAG